AUGCUCCUUCUCGGUCUCACGGGGUCAAUUGCGACCGGAAAAUCAACAGUAUCAUCUAUUCUAUCCGCAUCGCCUUAUUCCCUCCCCAUAAUCGACGCCGACAUCCUGGCGCGUCGCGUUGUCGAGCCUGGGAGUGCAGGCUACGCGAAAAUCGUCGCGCACUUUCUGCCCACGACGCCAGACCUCCUCCUGCCGUUUCCCGACGAUGCGGCCUACGACCAGAGUAAGGGCGCGCCUUUGAACCGACCUGCUCUCGGCAGACGGGUGUUCGGGGAUAGCGAGGAACGGAGGAAGGAUCGCGGGGUGCUGAAUGGCAUUGUGCAUCCGGCGGUGCGGAAGGAGAUGUACAAGGAGUUGCUGAAGUGCUAUUUGAGAGGGUGCUGGGCGGUGGUACUGGAUGUGCCGUUGCUGUUUGAAAGCAGCCUUGAUGUGUUGUGCGGGACUGUGAUGGUGGUUGCGGUGCGCGACCCGGAGAUACAAAUGAAGAGGUUGAUGGAGAGAGACAGCCACUUGACAAGAGAAGAUGCGGAGAAUAGGGUGAGCAGUCAAGGGGAUGUGAGGGAGAAGGCGAGGAGGUGUGAGGCAAGAGGCCAGGGGAGGGGAGUGGUGGUGUGGAACGACAUGGGAAAGGAAGAGUUGAAGAGGGAGCUUGAGAGAGUUAUGAAGGAGGUGAGCAGAGCAAGUCCAAGAUGGUGGGCUUGGCUGCUCCUGUUGUGUCCCCCCCUUGCCGGUCUUGCUGGGAUGUGGAACUAUUGGAGAGGGUUGGCCAUUAAUAAGAAGUGGAAGGAGGGAGAGCUGAAAGCCAAGGCCAAGCUUUGA